CAAUUAUUCUGGGUUUGGGAAUGGUAGAAAGACAGAGAAGGAAGCUUAGGAUUAGCCCAUCUACUUAGAUUCACAAAUCUCUCUCUCUCUCUCUCUCUCUGCUACACAUUUUCUUUUACCUUCGCUUCACUUUUUUCUCACUCCAUCAACUUAAUGAAAUAAAAAAUUUUGCACUCACAGUUGCAUUAUUUUAGCUUCAGGUAUAUCAGUCUUUAAGAACAAGGGUAUUCUCUCUUUAAUUAAUGGAGUGGAAGAGAGACUUCAAAGUAAGGUGUAUGCAUAAACAUAAGCUCAAUCUUUUUCAUUAUUUCUCCGUCUUCUUCAUCUCCUCUGCAGCUCUAUUCACUGCUAUUAUCACCUCAGCAACAGCAGUCACUUGUCUUGAUGAUUUCAAGUCUAGACCGUCUUUUAAAGCUGAUAUGUCUAUUCAUGAAAUUGAGGAGAAAAGGGUUAUUGAUGAAGAGGUUGGUAUGAGUGUGAGGUUGGCAAGGAGAUCACUGAGUGGGCCUGGCUCGUCGCCACCGCGCUGCAAUUCAAAAUGCGGAAAAUGCACGCCAUGUAAGGCGGUUCAUGUGCUGGUGCCACCGGGGACUACAGUGACUGCUGAAUAUUACCCGGAGGCAUGGAGGUGCGAGUGUGGGAACAAGUUAUACGUGCCAUGAUGCCUAAUUUGUAUAUGUACUCUUCAAAAGAUGCUUGGUUAUGUUUAAGUAGUUAUUAGAGAUUAUGGUUAGGGUUAUUAAAUAUAUAUUUGACAUUUACAAAUGUUGCUAUUAGUUUUAUCAA